UCCUCUGAGGCAGCCGGGGGCUGGAGCGCCCCCUGCGGGCACGGCGGCGCCCCCUAGCGGCGGGGCGGGGCUCGGCGCUGCGCUCGGAGCCGCCCGGCGGGGACGGGCCCGGGGGGUCCUGGGGGCCCGAACCCUCCGCUCAGGCUCAACCCCCCCGCGGCUGUGGAACCCCCUCGGGCCCUCCUGGCCUCCCCCUCCAGGCCGCGGGAGCAGCCGCGGCUGCGCUUUGGCCGCUACCCGGCUCGAGGCCCUUGAGCUCUGCGGGCUUCGCCUCUCCCGGCCGCCCACCGCGGCGGUAACCGGGGCGGCCCCGGGGCUGGCCCGGCCUUGCUGUGCUCGGGUGCUCGGCAGCGAGAGCCCUUCCGGGCGCUGGGGGGGACACAGACCCUCUGGCCGGUGCAGUGGCACUUUGUGCUGGGACACUUGGCGUUGGGUGCGAUGAGCCCCCAUGCUCUGAGAUCUGGUUUCUCCUUCGAAGUGCAACUUCGCCUGCGAGUCGAGGUUUUGUGGGCGCACAGAAAAGCCUUUGAAAUACCUGAUUUUGUAUUACUUGCAGCUGCUGUUUGCUGUACUUUCAAACAGGGUAAAUGUUGGGGUAUUUGCCAGUAAAUCUCAGAAGAGGAGCCAGCAAGACCUGCCCCUUCCUUCGUGCUACUCGUGAAGUUCUUGAGUCUCUCCUUCCCGGGGCUCCUGGAGGUGCCAGCAGGUGUCUGUGUUGCAGGGGCAGGAACAGCCAGUGGACUGGAGCUGGUUUCUGCUCCUGUGCACACACGUCUGCUUGCACAAGGGGCAGGAAGGGAAAUAAAAGGAAGUUGUGGUCACUGGGUGAGCGUUUGGUGUAACGUUACCAGGAACUCCAUGUUUGGAAGGGAGUUGGAAGUUUGUCCUAGGCUGCUGCAUCUUGUUUUCAUCUCAAAAGUGUUUGUAAAGGGUACUUUGAGAAGGGAUGGCAUCCACCUCUUGGCCUCCUCAGUGUCCGUGUGUCUGAGCAGCUGCCAUCCCAUUCCAGCACCUUGAAAAGCGGCACUUCCAGCUCGGCUUCAGGCAGCGUCCCAGGAGCAGGGAGGGGACACCGGAGGUGCCACGUGGGCAGGGGACGCGCUCCCCCAGCUGCUGCUGGGAGGGUGGGGCCUUGAGGCUGUUUCUCCAUCCGGAUCCUUUUAAUUCCUCCCACCCCAAAUCCUGUUCAGAUACAUCCCUUAUCAAGCAAAUCCCGUUUGGAUCCCGGGGUAGUUGGAUUUGUUGGAAAAGCCUUUACCUAAAGGUGGUGUUUGUGGCCUCAUCGUGCACUCCAGCCCUGUGGCUGCUCCGCAAAGUCUCCAUAGUGGAAACUCCUCCGGUGUGGGGUAUCGGGUGCUGCUCAGCUGCCUCUUUCCUUCCUUGUGUGAGGCAGAGGUGACAAAUACUGCGAUGCAGUGUGAAAUAGUGUCUCUUGGCAACUCCCAGGGAAGCGUUCCGGUCUCCUACUUUGAUUCUAAGAAGAAAAGAAAAGUGGCAGAAAUUUAUCAGGCUCUGAACAGCGACCCCAUCGACGUGGCAGCGCUUCGGCGGAUGGCGAUCAGCGAGGGGGGGCUCCUGACGGAUGAGAUUCGCUGCAAAGUGUGGCCAAAGCUGCUGAGUGUCAACACGGACGACCUGCCCCCUCCUCCAGGAAAGGAGCUGCGCGAGGACAAUAAGGAUUACCAGCAAGUGCUCCUGGAUGUGCGGCGAUCUCUGCGCCGCUUCCCACCAGGGAUGCCAGAUGACCAGAGGGAAGGGCUGCAGGAGGAGCUCAUCGAUAUCAUCCUCCACGUCCUCAAGCGCAACCCCCAGCUGCACUACUACCAGGGCUACCACGACAUCGUGGUCACCUUCCUGCUGGUGGUGGGGGACAGACUGGCCACGGCGCUGGUGGAAAAGCUCUCCACGCAUCAUCUCAGGGAUUUCAUGGACCCAACGAUGGACAAUACCAAGCACAUUUUAAAUUACCUGAUGCCCAUCAUAGACCAAGUGAACCCUGAGGUGCACGAUUUCAUGCAGAGCGCGGAGGUGGGAACCAUCUUUGCUCUCAGCUGGCUCAUCACCUGGUUUGGGCACGUUCUGUCCGACUUUAGGCACGUUGUGCGAUUAUAUGACUUCUUCCUGGCUUGCCAUCCCCUGAUGCCCAUUUAUUUUGCUGCUGUGAUCGUGCUGUACCGCGAGCAGGAAGUUCUGGACUGUGAGUGCGACAUGGCCUCUGUCCACCACCUCCUGUCCCAAAUCCCGCAGGACCUUCCGUACGAGACUCUGAUCAGCAGAGCUGGGGACCUUUUUGUCCAGUUUCCCCCGUCCGAACUGGCCCGGGAGGCAGCUCAGCAGCAGGCGGAACGAACUGCGGCUUCCACUUUUAAGGACUUUGAGUUGGCGUCAGUGCAGCAGAGACCAGACACUGUGUUGAGGCAGCGCUUCAGGGAGCGGCUCCGAGGGGAGGAGCGGACAAAAUCCAUCUUGACAAAGCCAAGGACCAACCGCUUUGUCAAGCUGGCGGUGAUGGGGCUGACGGUGGCGCUGGGGGCGGCUGCCCUGGCCGUGGUGAAGAGCGCGCUGGAGUGGGCCCCCAAGUUCGAGCUGCAGAUUUUCCCCUGAAGCCAGAGGAAGGGCCGUCCCUGUAACCACGGCUUCCCCUGGCACGAAGGGCUGAUGUUUGCUGAAAGGACGUGUCCAGAAACAACCUGUCUGAAGAUUAUUUUUUAUUCUUGCUGCGUCCUGUGACGCUUUGGGCCUUUGUGACAGAGACUGACGGGAAGCAGCCCAGCAGGAUUGUUCCCUGCGCCAGCGCUCACCGUGUUCUCUCCUCGCAGUGCCGAGGUGAGCAGACGGGCGCUGCCGCUGUCUGGUGAGGAACAGGAGUACGGAUCAGUCGAGCUCUCCAGGCAAGCACAGGUGACCGUGUGAGUGGAGAACCAUGUGUGGGCUCUGCCGAAAUGAUCCCGCGUUCUCUGUUGGGGUAAUUAGUGUGAUUGAGGGCAGAUCCUCUGUCUCUGCAUCGCUCCCAGCACACACGCCUUGGCAUUCAGCUCCACCGGUGCUCUCACCCUUCCACAAGCGUGUAACACUCCCCGGCUCCUUUGCUUCCUCAUCUUUGCAGUCUGCCCCAGUCACAGAAGGGCAGGGGGCAGGAGCGGCCCAGGGGGAGCAGAGCUCUUGGGCGCUGGACUCCAUCCUGGGCAGCACCGCAGUCGUAUCUCAGAUCAGCGUGGUGAGAGACAAGUGUCGCUUGGCCUGCCCGAGGUAUGUGCUGUCAUGCGCCACAUUGCGUCACCACAAGAGUUAGUGACACUGUAAACACUAGUUGCAGACUUUUUUUAUGGCUCUGGAAACAGGCUCGAAUGUGGGGAAAGGCUUUUUCUGCCUCGCAAAACACUUUGCACAUGCCAGAAGUCUUUACGCUUGGAAGUCUGUCUUAAAUCUCCCCCACGAGCCGAUCAAACUUCAGUGUUGCCCCUCAGAAUAACGCAAGUGAGGGAGUUUCCCAGAAAGGCCCCCCCCACCCCCGGCAUAGCUCCCUGCCAAUGACAGUCCCAACGCUCCCUCACCCCCCAGGCUAAGCAGCAAAUCCUUCUGGACAACUCAGUGUCCCACUGAGACAAAGCCAAUAGACACUCGAUGCCUCUACCUCUCCCCAACCUGCUAAACCUCCCGCAAGUGCCCUUACCCAUCCCUACGGCCCCCCUGGCUCCCCCCUGCUGCGUUGUGCCCAAAGCCGCCUGUGCCGUGCCCAGGGGCUGCACACCUGAAAACCAGGUGUUACCUGAAGAGUUACAGAUUUCUGGAUAGAGAAGAAAACUCUUGCUGUGCAAAGCUCAGCACCCUCCUGUCCCAAACCCCUGCCUGUUGGUUCAUAACCAUUUCUGGGUAAAUUCUGGGCUGCCUUGUGGGCCCUUGGUUUCGGGGGGGCUGUGCUGGGCUGGCUGGGGGGGUGCAGAAAGUUGUCACGCCGGACCUGUUUCAGUUCAUCUGUGAGCAGAGCAGUUCCCUCUGCAGGCUGAGAGCUGGAGUGGGUGGAUCUGCGUUCACAGAGGCAGGGGUGGUGUGAGCUGGGGGCUGCUUGGGGGUCUCCUCGCCCAGCAUGACCCAUGGCAGAGCCUGUUCCUGGCCUCCAGCCCCUGGCCGCUGUGGCACGGAGUGCUGGGUGACUUUGCACUUUAAAACUCGUGGUGCAGGAGAGUUCAUGGUGGCCCAGGGGUGCUGCCAGGGGACCCCGGACCCCUCUGUGCACUCCCCACUGCCCCGAAGGACGGGAUGGCUGGAGCCUCCCUGGGGAAGCCGCUGUGCUCUCCCUGCUCUCUGGCCAUGAUGCACUUUAGUUCCUGUGUUGUCCCCAAGGAGGGGAAGGGCCUGGGAGGAGAUGGGUGCUCGGGUGCUUCAGUUCCUCUGCACAAAGACUUGUAUGUACCCAUGUAAAUGCAAAUUUGUACAAACCCUAUAGCUGUAAAAUAAACACUUACUAAACGCG